AUGGAGCCGGGAUGUCGUGGAGCACAUCAUGAUUGGUUCACCUUUACCCCUCGGUCCCCCCCACGGACUCCUAUUCCGCUGCAUUUGUUGCCCUGUCUACCAUUGUUGAAGUUUGUAAUAGUGAAACCAGCGGACAACAUAGCAGCGACUGAGAAUCUCAAACGCUUGUCAAGCUUGUCGAUUGAGGAAGCAUGUGCCAGAUGCCAGGCAAGAGGAAACAUAUGCACAUAUAACCGGGAUUCCGUCACUGUCGAGCAACAAACACCAAUCCGUAGGAAUGUUCCUGUCCCGGCCUCGACUGCAACUCUGCGAGCUCACUCGCUCGAGGUACUAUCGUCAUCAACGACCGAGACAACAUCAACAACUGGGCCAUCCUCCAGAUCGGAGCAUUUAGAUGAAGCCCAAGAUCCAGGCCCAGAUCAGUACCGUGCGUACUACACCGCUCACGGGGUGUUUGCCGGCGAAGUUGCAGCCGCAAUAGACCUGAGGGCAGGGUUCGCUCCAGCCUCCACAUCGAACCUUGUCCCGUUCGUUGAUGCACCCCUAUUUGGAGAGUUAGAUCUGCAUUCUCCAUACCGUGUUGUUGACUUCAACACUGAAUUGCCUCCUCGUGCACAUGCUGAUAGGCUUGUCAGCAUAUACUGGCAAUAUGUCGACCCCGUGGAGCCCAUCUUGGACCGAGAGCGCUUUUUCCAUGAUUAUGAGUCGUCGUACUCCAAACCUGGUGCAUUACUCUACGCAGACCGUGGCGUCUGGCUCAGCAUACUCAAUGUUGUCUUUGCCCUGGCAGUGCAGAGACAAGAAUCCACCCCUCAGCAGAAACGGGAUGAAGCGGCGAACCGCUAUUUUCAGCAUGCGUGGGCAUUUCUCUCUCCUGAGACCAUUCUUUGGAAGCCCGGAUCGCUCGAGUUGGUACAGUGCUUGAUGCUCCUGAAUCGAUACCUCCACUGCACCAACAAUCAACACAAGACAUGGAUAACGGCGGGUUUGGCGAUGCGAAUCGCCCAGAGUAUGUGUUGCCACGUCCCAGACGCUUCUUCAGCCAAGGAUUCUCGCAACGACAUGCAGUUGAAACAACGAGUUUGGGCUAGCUGUGUUGCCUUAGACCGAUGUGUUUCCUGGUCACUCGGCAGGACAUCAGCGCCAUCCCUGGUCUCUUUAUCGAACAGGACCGAUUCCAUGACGUCAAUUGGCAGCAACCAACACGGCGGUAGCCAUACUGAGCAUCUUAGACUAGGGUUGGAACUUCAUGAAAUUGGCAAUCAGAUUCAGUUGGCCCAGUCACAGACUCGAAAUAAUCUCUCUGCCAGGUUAGGACUGCCACGUCUGUAUCAACAAGACGAAUACCACUCCAUGGCGGUGCAACUAGACGCUUGUCUCGACAAAUGGGAGGAGGGUCUUCCCAAUGACUGGAAGUUACAAAACCUUCCAAAAGUUGUUGACAGGACCUCUCGAGCAGAAGGAUACUUGCUUCAUCUGCGUCUUCUUCACUCUCGAAUAUAUCUGUACAGGCCUAUGCUCGCACGGGUCUACUCGAUGAGAUCCCACUCAGCAACAGCUCAGGCAACAUCCAACCCUCCCAGCCUAAGCGAUAGGCUUCUCAGAGAAUGUGCCCGGAUGUGCGUUGAGGCAGCACAAAAAGUCUCAUCAUUGAUUAUCCAAACACUUGAGCUAGAUGCGUCAAUAGGUCUCCUGCCGUGGUGGUACCGAAUCUACUAUUUACACAUAGCGGGGACAAACUUUCUGGCGGCCAUGUUUGGAUCGGACUUGUUCACUGAGUCGGUGUUGCAAUCCUGGCACAGUGUCAUGUCGACCCUCCGUGCGCAUGAACACUUGAGUGCAUAUGUUCAGCAGUGUAUCCGGAUAUUUGGAACACUCUCGGAGAGGAUCCUAGAGACGCGAUAUCCCAAACCAGGGGGUAGUGGGAAUUUACCUCUCGUGGAGGGGACCUCUAGCCUCUACUUCGACGAUAUCUUCCAGGGUUCCGGCUUCGAUUUUGAUGCAUUUCUCUUUGGCACGGAGGAUAUCAUUGAGGGCCAGUUCCUAAGUGGUGCAGUCACCUCAGGUCUCGGUUAA